AUCAGCAGCGACGAUGGCGAUCUCGCAGGCAGCAGCGGCCCCUGGCAGCCGCAGCCCGCCGCGGACCGUGGCCAAGCAGGGCGGCGUGGCAGCGCGCAUGGCGAGCGGCCGCAGGUGUCCCAGGUAUGCAAGCGGGAGCUGGCUGCUGAGGCUGCGGACCUGGCCCCUCUGGCUGCUCGCCCCACUGGCCGCGCAGCUGGGGGCCGCGACGGAGGGUCGCAGCCAGGGCGGACGAGCGCGCAGCGAGGCCAGUGCGGCGGGGCCACGCCUGCACGUGCGCAGCAGCGCCGAGGUUGCCGGCUUUGGCAGCAAGCGGCCUCGCGACCCCGGGAGCGAGCCUGCCCCGCCGGCACCGGGCCAGGCCACGGCGGCGGCUCAGGGCAUCCGCUGCGGGCUGGAGGUACUUGGGGUAUACGGCGACGCCGGGAGGUGGAGCAUGCAGGUGAUCAAGGCCUCCGUCAGUCGGCACGGAGCCCAGCCCCACCUGGUGCGGCCCCAGGAGGCCUGCGUCGCCCCGCGCCGCCCAGAGGAGGCCAGAGGGGCUACGCGUCGCAUGGAUCACGCGGUCUUCCUCCGCCCGUUCGCGCCCUCGGACAUCGAGGGCCCACUGGUGCAGUCAGGCAGCGUCGCGGCUAUGGUUUGCAGCGCCCUGCGGGCAGCGGGUGUAGCACGGCAGGUCCGGAGCGACCUCACGCAUCGCAUGAUAGAGGUCAUUGUGUCCACCGCAGCAGGCCUGGGGCGGUCGGCCUGCUCGCAGAUGCGCGGCCUGGACCUCCUGGCAGCCUAUGAGGUGCAGCCCCGGCCCUGGGCGCCCAGGCAGCCGAUCGGCGCGCUGUGGGAGGCGGAGCACGACCACUGCUGCCUCCUUGGGGGCAAGGCGGGCUGCGUGUGCGAGAGGGCAUGUGGACUGCACAACGCAUAUGCGGCGUUAGCGCGUGAGAGCGGGUGUGCCUCCGCCAGCCUCUGCCUAGGCAUCACCAAGCUCUACGUGAACCUGCGGCACGACUUCCUGUGGCGGUGUGGAGUCGAGCAUGGCUUCGACCGGCGGCUACUUCGAGGCCUGGCCACCGAGUCGUUCACCCCCCAACCAGGCAGCGCUGGGCUGGAAGUGGCUCGCCUCCUCCGUGAUCAGAUUUUCCCCUUCAGUGCGGCCAAGACCGCCUUCCUCGCCUCGAGCCCCAGCGGCGCGCGGCAGCUUGGCGAGCGCUGGAAGACGCAGGGCUGGACUUUCUGUAAGGCCGCGCAGGCCAGGAAUUUCAGCACGGGUGCCACCAUCGCGAGGCAAGGAGUGCAUGAGGGCCGAGUACGAGCUCCUGGGGCCCUACACCGUGCGCGCAGGCUGGGCUGCCUCCGCGCCGCGGGAGUGGAGCUGGACCUGAUCCACAAGGCGGGGCCCGCGGCCUGCAUGGGGCGGGGCCGCGCGGCCGUGGGCAUCGCGGACAGAGUGCUUCACAGCUGGAGGCUUGCUGCAGGCCGCAGCGCAAGGACGCCCCACCUUGGCGCGGCGCUAGGGCCGUGCAUGAGCGGCGCCGAGCGGAGGCGCAGGCGUGACCUCGAUCCAGCGGUCCUCUCGGCCAGCAACGCGGUCCAGAUGCUGGCGGGCCAGAGGCAGUCAGGCGAGCUGCCGCUCAGAAUGUUGGCUCGGGGGCUGGAGGAGGCUGCAACAAGGAGUGCUAGUGCCGCCACUUGGAAGCGCCGCGCCUCGCCCAUCGACGCAGUGGCGUGGACCCUGGCGCAGAUCGAUCGGCACUUCAAGUCGGAGCGGUGCCUGGUCGCGGAUCGAGGCGACGAGCUCGAUCCCAUGCUCCUCGAGCUUCGAGAGGACGCAGAUGCUGGCCUCGGAGUGAAGCCUCGCCUGAAGGCACGGGGCCCAGGCAGCAGGGCCGACAAGUCUGGCAGGAACCUGCGCAGCCUGCGGGAGAAGAGGCCCCAUCCUGAGGGCUGGCCGAGAGCGGGCAAGCAGAGAGUGAAGGGAGAAGGCAUCCCUGCACUGCGCGCUCGAGGGCAAGUGCCAGGACACGCCCAGGAGCGCUACCUGGAGUGGCUCGGCAUCGAGGCG